GAAAAGGUGGAAAGGGAAGGAUGCAGCCUUAGCCAAGCCCAGUGAGCUAUUGGUGCCCCUCACUGCCUUAAUUUUCCUGAUGUCCAGAAACCGGAAGUCCUCCUCGCUCGUCUUUUCAAGUACUAAAGUCCGGAAGGUGUCGGAAAAUGCUCUGCCAAGCAGCCUGAAGGCAGUUGAAGAACAACUAAAGAUAUGUGGCCACAAGAGGGAUCUUGACGUUUUGGAGCUGUUCCUUUCUAAAAAGGAACUGACAGAGGUUGUUGAUCUUUCUAGAUUUAAAAAAUUAAGAUAUUUGUGGCUCCAUCAUAAUAAGCUACAUGGGAUAUCAUUUUUAACUCGGAACUAUUGUCUGACCGAGCUGUAUCUGAACAACAAUGCAAUAUUUGAGAUAGAAGGCCUGCAUAAUUUGCCUUCACUGAAUAUUCUCCUGCUGCACCAUAAUGAGCUCACAAACAUCGAUGCUACUAUGAAGGAGCUGAAGGGAAUGCAGAAUCUGCGGAGCCUAAGUCUGUACCAAAACCCUUUAUCCCAAUAUAACCUCUACCGUUUGUAUAUAAUCUACCACCUUCCGGGACUGGAGCUGCUUGAUCGGAAGCAAAUUACUGAGAAAGAGAGAAGAUCCAUGAUUACCAUUUUUAACCAUAAAAAAGCUCAUGUCACUCAAUCAGUAGCGUUUGGAAAACGAGUGGAUGCCUCCUGGAACCCCAAGUUACCAAUAAAGCAAAAGCGGGCCAAAAAUCCUCCCUCAGAUUUUGCAUUUGGGGAUAAUGUUGACAAGACAGUGUUUGAUGACCCAGAAGAUGCUGUGUUUGUAAGAUCCACGAAGAGAUCGCUGAUGACCUUUACCUGCAUGAACUGGAACACCGUUCUAACACGAAGUGAAAAGUAUGACCCGGAGAAAAAAAGCUCGGUCGCCGAGAUGCUCCUGAUUUCCCUGCGGUAACACGCACUUCCGGCAGUCCCGGUGCUGUUGGCUCACAUGUUAGAACACUCCCCUCGAUUUAGCUCUGUAUACAUUUGUUGCUACCUGAAGUUUUAACAUAGAAGAGUCAGUAGUGAAAAGUGUUUCCUACACUAUAAGUUUCAUAAUGUAAAAAUUGUACAUGAGUUCCCCACCUAUAAAAAAUAAAGCCAUUUUUUCCCUCCCAGCCACU